CUUCCCCAAACACCGUCUUUUAUCGUCACUCUGCUGCUCUCCUUCUCGCCAUUAAUGGCAUUCGCUCUGUAGUAUUCUUCUUCACUGGUACUUGCUGCUGGGGGCUUUUGCUUUCUGCCGCUUCAAAUCAUCUUUUUGCGCGGCUUUUCACUCAAGUACUUCUCCUUCACAACCAAUACAUCCCAGCAGAGAUGGCGGCCGUGUUUGCCUUUGACGAGUCCGAAAUGGACAUGGACUUUGGCCGCUCGCGUCGGCGCUCCGUCUCUUCCGUCAACUCCCGUGAGGAUAUCUGGGCCCCAUCGCCUCUAAUGGACGAUCAGCCAUUUGCGGCUUCGGAGCACCUGGCAGGGAGUUAUAACGGAAGCAACAGUAUUCCCAUCAUUGCAGAGGUCGACGAAGCGGUCUCCGAAAUCACAGACGGGGUGGCAAAGAUGGGCAGCUACCUCAAAAACCAACAGUUCAUGCCCGACGACUCUCUCGGUACCUCCUACCAGGUCGACAUCUCGUCAGACUAUAUCGACAGCAACCUCGCAGGUAUAGCCGACGGCAUCAAAAGAAAAAUGACGACCUCGGAUUUCGAAUACAUCAAAGUCCUCGGCAAAGGCGCGUACGGCAAGGUCCUUCUUGUACGCGAAAAGGCCACCGGCCGUCUGUACGCGCAAAAGCAGCUGAAGAAAGCGUCGAUGAUGGUUCGCAAGAAGCUGGUCGAGCAGACAAAGACCGAGCGCGCUAUUCUAGAGUCUGUGCGUCAUCCCUACAUCGUCAAGCUCUUCUACGCCUUGCAGGAUCAGCACCGCCUCUACCUGUUUCUGGAGUACGCCCAAGGUGGCGAGCUGUUUUCCCACCUUGCUUCCGAAAAGAUGCUUUCCGAGCCCGUUGUCUCAUUCUACGCUGCCGAAUUAGUCCUUGCUUUGACCCAUCUCCACACAGUCGUCGGCGUCGUCUAUCGCGAUCUGAAGCCGGAGAACUGCCUGCUCGACUCACAAGGGCAUUUGGUUCUGACUGAUUUCGGCCUCAGCAAAGUAUCCAGCGACGGUGGUGAAUGCAAGACUUUCCUAGGCACACCAGAGUAUAUGGCACCUGAGAUCCUGCUCGGCAAGCCGUAUGAUUUCGCUGUCGACUGGUGGUCACUCGGGGCCCUUUGCUAUGAUCUCCUAACCGGCACUCCCCCAUUCACCGGCAACAACUACAAGCGCAUUGUCGAGAAGAUCCAAAAGACAAAGCUAGUCCUGCCAUACUACAUCACCGCCGAAGCCAAAGACUUCCUCACCCGUCUCCUACGCAAGGAACCCAAGAAACGUCUGGGCGGCAAUAUCCCCGACGACCUCAGCACGAUCCGCAAGCACCGCUUCUUCCGCAGAAUCGACUGGGCAAAGCUCGAACGCCGUGAUCCGUCGGUGGUGCCCCCCAUUGUCCCCAUCAUCACCAAUCCGAUCUUGGCAGAGAAUUUCUCGGACGAGUUCACGUCCAUGGCACUCAGUCCUCCUGGAUCGGGGUUGGAAAUUCCCGGCGCUGACCAGAACGGGUCGUAUUCCAAGGACGACACAUUCGCGAACUUUACAUUCACAGCCAGUAACAGCUUCAUCGAAAACGCGAUGAACAACGUCGGCGGGUACUAAAACACUCAUCAAAAAGGAAGAUAAUUCUCGGAUUGGAUUUGGUGCGGUCAUAGUUUGUUAGUCGUUGAUCUUUUCACUAUGUAUUUAGCUAGGGUUUACAUAUUUCGGGUGAUAGACUUAUAGGAGUAUUGGGCUGUUUUUAUCUUGUUUCUUGUUAUCGCAUAUAUGGCU